AUGGCAUCCAUCUCAGCUGUGAAUGCUUCCCCACUAUGCAUGUUUCAACCCGCAAGCCGUACUACUGUAGUGAAAUGCCCUUCCUCUUUCGGGUCGACGAGAACUGUAUCCAGAUCUUUUGGCUUGAAGUCAUCCUCUUCAUAUAGAACAACUGCCAUGGCUGCUUACAAGGUUAAGCUAAUUGGACCUGAUGGGAAAGAGGACGAGUUUGAAGCCCCGGAUGAUGUUUACAUCCUAGAUGCAGCGGAGAAUGCAGGAGUUGAACUCCCUUACUCGUGCCGUGCUGGAGCGUGCUCUACUUGUGCUGGAAAGGUUGUUUCUGGCUCAGUCGAUCAAUCUGAUGGCUCUUUCUUGGACGAUACUCAACUUAAGGAAGGCUUUGUGCUUACCUGUGUUUCAUAUCCAACAGCUGAUUGUGUUAUCCAAACUCACAAGGAAGGUGAACUUUACUGA